AUGGCAGAGUGGCGCCCUAACUUCAGUGCCACUGCCGCACAAAUUCAAAACCCCAUCGCCACCAUCCAACUAUGCAUCGGAAAAUCCUGUCUUAUUUACCAAAUUAUCCACUCCGCCAAUAUUCCCCGUCGACUCCGCCAGUUCCUCCAGAAAGAAACUUACGAAUUUGUUGGGGUUGAUAUUGAAAGUGCCAAGAAGAAAUUGAAUUACGAUUAUGGACUUUUAGUGUCGAAGAAGGUUGAUCUCCGAAAGUGGGCGGCGGCGGAGCUGGAGAAGAAGGAACUUCGCACGGCGGGACUGAAGGAUUUAGUGAAGGAAAUUGUGGGAAAAAAGAUUAUUCCCUCUAUUUUGUAA